AAAAAAAAAAGGAGUCAGGUGGGAUUUUUCUAUCUUUGUUUAAAGCUUUUUUCUUUUCUUGAGCCACUGUUAAGAACCCGAAAAGAGAACCCGAUUAUGAAUUAUUCCAUGGGUUCUGAUAUGGGUUUGCUAAGAAUAUUGGUUGCCUUUGAUAUGUGUUUUGUGUAUGAAAUACUUUUUUCCUAGGCUUGUAUCUAUUACCUGCUGAUUGAUAGGAAUUCACGAGAGAGCAAAAACACCAGGAUUUUGGAAUUUGGAACAUAUAUCCUAUCAUAUUAGUUGUGCCUGAUGAUCGCGGAUAAGACCAAUUUACCAGUGAGCUUAGUACUUCCUGUUAGAAAGGGCUCAGCUGGAAGAAAACCAGAUAAUAUCAGCAGAGGGAAACCAAGAAUUUCGACUAACGAGCACAAAGUUCUUCCAUGCUAUCGCAACCCUUUUAUGCAUUCAUCUAAUGAUGGAAGUAUUUCGAGAAGGCUAUCCACUGGAACUGUAGAGAAAGGUCAAGAUAUUCUCCCUCAUUAUCUGAGAGCUUCCGCUGGUUCUUGCCACGACUUGUGUAAAUAUGGAAGGAAACAUUCGUUUGAAGCAGAGUCGAAGUAUCCUCUAUCAAAAAGAAGUAACAAACCACCUGCCGAUGAGCCAAUAAAACUUACAAUGGUGAAACGACCAUCUUUGCCCAGGACUCUAGAAGGCGUAGUUGCAAGAAGCAGAAGAAACAGUGAUGUUAGUCUUAGAAAAGAGAAGAUGGUACCAAAAGCAUCUGCAAUUAAGUCUUUCAAGUCCCAAGCUUGUUCAUCGGCUCCUCUGAAGAACCAAAACAAGAUACAGAAAGAUGGAACCACCAAAUUGAAUGCUGAAAAGGUAUCUAAGAAAACCAUGCAUGUUAUUAAUGAUGAGAAAAAAAAUUUAGAGCCUGAAGAGGAUGGUAACAUCAUGUUGUCACUUCAACUGCCAUCAAUUUCAUUUCCCGAAUUGUUAUCUAAUGAUGAAGGAAAAGAAGAGGAGGAGAUUGACUGCUCGGAAAAUGAGUACACAUGUUGUGAAAACAAAGGUGUAGUAGGUAAAAGUGAGAAGAAGACGUUGAGCAAGGGCAACACAUACACAGGUGUUUCCGAAAAUAAUGAUCCUUCAGUGGUGAAACUGAAGUUCAGGAGGGGGAAGGUAAUUGAUGGGAAUGAAAGAUGUACCAAUCCUAACUCAGGAAUAGUUGUUUUGAGGCACCAAGAUUUGCAGGAGAAGAAAGAUGCUCAAGUUUCGCUUAAUAAUGUGAUAGAAGAGACGGCAAGCAGGCUUGUUGAAAUCAAGAAGAGCAAGGUUAAAGCUUUGGUUGGUGCUUUUGAAACUGUAAUUUCCCUACAAGAGAAUAAGCCUUGUGCACUCGAUUAGCAAACAGAAUUUCCUUAACCCCUGUAACUAGAGAUACAUAUACAACUAAUUUGAUGGAUGAUAAUGGGCACUGUUUAUUUCUUAACGGGUAUUUGGAUAUUUCCCUCAGGAUGUUCUAGGAAAAGAAAAUUGAAGCAAGAGUACCAUUUGUCUUCAAAAUAUGUGGUGUUUGAAUGUAAUUUCUUCUGAGGUUGGAUUCUCAGUUUAACGAAGUAACAAGUAUUGACUCAUUUUAUGAAGGA